GCAACCAAAGAGGAAAUGUUGGAGAAGUUUGGUUCCAUUGAAGACCGACUUCAGAAGGAGCUCUCGCUGGAGCCAAUCCGCCAGGCCUUGGACGAGCUCCGGGCAGAUGUCCGGCAGCUCCAGGCCCAGAAAGUGGAUGAAGCAGAUGCUGCCUUGGACCGCGAGAAGACGAUGGUGCUGCCGUGCAUCACCGCUGCAGAAGUUGGCUCGGGUGCAGCACGAGGUCUGGGAAUUGGACCCCUCUCGCAUCUCCUUCGCAGUUGCCAAGGGCUCCAGGAGGAUGCAGCGAAGCAGGUGAGCCUUGCCAUAGACCUUGCUCGUCGGGCAGCAAGCUGCUGUACAGAGCUUCCGUCAGACUGGCCGGCGACGCAGAGUUGGUGGCAAUUCAGCGAUGCUUGGCCACCCUAUGUGGCGAAGCUCCUCAUCGCAUUGACAGAUGGGGCGCGAAGAGCAACGGAGACCUGCCGACCGGGCGCCGACGCUGCGGUUCGCUGGGCGGAAGCCGCGGCAGAGCGCUGUUGGUCUUCAGGUGCAGCAUCUUCCGAAGCGGCCCUCGCAGCUCUGCAGGGCGAGCUGAAGUCGGCGGCAUCUUUGGCGAGCGCGAGGACGAGACAGAUACUGGCAACUGCCGAGCAGCUCGAGUCCGGCGAAGACGGCGGAAGUGGGCGAGCUUUGGCCCAACUUCUGCGAAGCCUGUCUCUUGGCACGCCUGUGAACCGGAUCCCGGAGUUCCAGGAUGCAGAGCCUGGCCUGCUAGUUCGCUUCUUCUGUGCUGCUGCAUCCACCGCCUUGCUGGAACUGCGCACAAUCAAUCUGGCCGUGCACCUGACAUGGACCUGGCAGCUCGAAGAGACUGCAGAAAUGCACGAAGCCGAUUCAGAGGUUAUGAUGUCUCUGCGUGCUUCUGGCAGCUACCUGCGCCCUGAGGUUCUCGGGUACUCUGAGUUGCGCCGCAGCCUCGAGAAGAGUCGUGAGUCCCUGUCGCUGAGACGCGCACGCGCACUGGGGCAGAUUGGGGAGGUGGCCAACAAGUCUGAGGAGGCGUUGCUGGUGAUCGGCCUUUCCAUGCACAACACCUACAGCCAAGUUAUGCACUGCAAAGAUGAGGUGCGCAAACAUUUGCCGGAAGGAGUGCGUGUGCUGCUGCUCGAGGAGUACUUCGUAAAGAAUGCGCCGCAGCUGGCGAUUGAAAUGCGAAGCCAGGAAGAAGAUCCGAGGGUGGAGCUGGUCCUGAGGCCAACCUUUGGCUUGCAUUACCGCGAUGCAGACUUGUGGGACCAGGCUCCUUCUCUCGCGAGGAGGAAAUGUGUGCAGGCACGCAGCUGCUGGAGAAUGCAAUUGCACGAGGAUGGGCCCAGUCUGCUCGUCGACACUUCUGGGGACGACCACCCAACUGGCCCAGGCUGCUGGUAUCGCCUGCCUAGCGGCUGCCCGACUUCGAUGGACCCCCUCUUGCAACAGCGGGACUGGCGCAGAGAUGCCUGGGGCGAAAAAUCCUUUGGAGCAGGCGUUGACGCCAGAAGCUGUCUCGAGCUGCGCAGAACCUCCUUCAACCAGUGGUGUGGCAUCCAAGAUGUCCAAAUGCACUACGUGUCAGAUGCUUCCAAGUGGCAAGCCAAAACGGGACCUCGUGUUGCGGAAGUGCUCAGCGCAUUGUCCAGCUCAGAAAGGCCGAGCAUGGUCGGUGUCGAACCUCUCGAAGCGGAGGUGAGCCGCGCUGGUCUGCCCCGCACAUUUGAGAGCUAUGUCUGGUGGCAUUCAAAGACCCUGGCCAAGCUGAGAGCAGGUGCCUUGACCAGCGCGAAGUUUCUGGUCUGGGCCUGCCAACCGGCCUUACCUUGCGGGGGUCAUGGGGACCGGCUGAAGGGCAUCGUGGCAGCCUUCGUGUUGGCAGUCCUCACCGGGCGCCUCUUUUUGCUGGACUCUCCUGAUCCCUGGGACCUGCGACUCUUCCUCGAGCCGGCUCUGCUGGACUGGAGAUCUGUUGGACUCGCUGGCCUUGCAUCUGGCAAGCAUGUCCUUUGGGACCAUGACCUCUUCGAGGAGACUUAUUUGCAUCAGCUUCUCCAGACGGAAGAUCCGGUUUGGGUGUUGUACACCAACAAGAAAUCACUACUCGGGCCCAUUCUUCGGAGCCCAUGGCUCGCAGAGCGUGCGAAAAUGGCAGGGAUUCUGGAUAUCCCUCACCUGACCAAGCAGGUGUGGUCUCUCCUUUUCCGACCCACGCAAGCUUUGGAGAAGCAGUGGCGGAAGCUUCAGAAAGAGCUCGGGCAAGGCUACAUUGCUUUGCACCAUCGCGCCGGUGACAUCACCGCUGGCUUCGGCAUGGUCAACGGAGAGGUCGACAUCCGCAGCCAAAGCCGGAUGGAAGUGUUGAACCUUCUGACCUGCGCUCACCACCUUGAGCAGCACCUGAAGCUGCCCUCCUCGACAAAGUGGUAUCUGGCCGCAGACACCCCAGCUGUCACGGAAGUGCCGCAGGUACAGACUUGGCAGAGCUCAGGCAAGCUAGUCAUCCGGAACGCCAGCAGGCGCGCUCACUUGGUGAAAGAGGGCCUGGUCCCACCCUGCGGAUCGCUGGGAGAGAAGGCUGAUGUCGAGCGAUCUCCCCUGCAUGCUGUUCCGGCUGCGGAAUCUUUAGCUCGCGUGGGUGAUGCCUGGGUGGACUUCCUCGCCAUAUCCCGGGCAGCAGCAGCUGUACUAUCAUCAAGCGCCUUUAGCACGAUGGCAGCCGAGGCUUCCGGACUAGAACACGCCUUCCACUCGCACGGCUGC